AUGUCCAACACUCUCCGGCCGUACCUCAACGCAGUCCGAAGCACCCUCACAGCCGCCCUUACUCUCGAACCGUUCCCCUCUCAGCUUGUCGAGCGACACAAUGUCCCCGAGGUCGAGGCAGGCUCCACGCCCGAAGUCCUCCUCACCCCCCUCGUGAUCGCCCGCAACGCCUCCGAACAAGUCCUGAUCGAGCCCUCAAUCAACUCUGUCCGACUGAGCAUCAAGAUCAAGCAAGCAGACGAGAUUGAGCGGAUCCUCGCGCACAAGUUUACGCGGUUCCUCAUGAUGCGCGCCGAGGCUUUCGUCGUGCUGAGGAGGGUACCGGUCAAGGGAUACGACAUCUCGUUCUUGAUCACGAAUAGGAAUGUCGAGGAGAUGAUGAAGCACAAGUUGGUCGACUUUAUCAUCGAGUUCAUGGAGGUUGUCGACAAAGAAAUCUCGGAAGCCAAGCUCUCGAUGAACGCACGAGCACGCAUCGUCGCCGAGUCGUACCUCUCCGCCUUCGCAUGA